AUGAAAUUAAACAUUGCUGCUAUUGCGCUAUUUGCUGCAUCGGCUUCGGCCUUUGCUCCUCGAUUUGCGUCGCCUCGCUCCCACGCUACCGUACUGUCCGCGGUCCUCGAAGAACGAACGGGGCAGUCUCAGCUCGACCCUGCCGUCAUCGAGCGAUACGCUGCGCUUCCCUACCCGGAUGAUACCGUUCUUGCCGAAUAUGUAUGGGUCGAUGCCGUGGGUAACACGCGCUCCAAGACACGCACGCUUCCUGCCAAGAAGGCUGCAUCUGUCGAGGCUCUUCCCAAGUGGAACUUUGAUGGCUCUUCGACGGACCAGGCUCCCGGAGACGACUCGGAAGUUAUUCUACGUCCUUGCCGUAUCUUCAAAGAUCCUUUCCGACCUCGUAACGAUGGUCUCGACAAUGUUCUCGUCAUGUGCGAUUGCUACACACCGAACGGCGAAGCAAUUCCCACGAACCACCGUGCCAAGGCUAUGGAAUCUUUUGAAUCCAGGGAAGACGAAGAGAUCUGGUUCGGGCUCGAACAGGAAUUUACGCUGUUCAACUUGGACAAGCGUACCCCUCUCGGCUGGCCAGAAGGCGGCAUGCCCAAUCGCCCUCAAGGACCUUACUAUUGUAGUGUUGGACCCGAAAAUAACUUCGGACGUCACAUUACGGAAUCCAUGUACCGGGCUUGUCUCUACGCAGGCAUCAACAUUUCGGGAACGAAUGGAGAAGUCAUGCCCGGACAACAGGAAUACCAGGUUGGACCCUGCGUGGGAAUUGACGCAGGGGAUCAGCUCAUGAUGAGCCGAUACAUUCUUCAGCGUGUCUGCGAGGAUUUCCAGGUAUAUUGUACACUCCAUCCCAAGCCCAUCGUUGACGGUGACUGGAACGGCGCCGGCAUGCACACCAAUGUUUCUACUAAAUCCAUGCGCGAGGAAGGUGGCCUUGAAGUUAUCAAAAAGGCGAUUUACAAGUUGGGGGCCAAGCACCUUGAGCACAUCGCUGUGUACGGUGAAGGUAACGAACUUCGCCUGACAGGCAAGCACGAAACGGCCAGCAUGGACAAGUUUUGCUACGGUGUUGCCAACCGUGGAGCGUCCAUUCGAAUUGGUCGCGACACCGAAGCCGAGGGGAAGGGAUACUUCGAGGAUCGUCGUCCGUCAUCUAACGCCGAUCCUUACAUUGUUACGGGAAAGAUCAUGAAUACAAUUAUGGAAGAUGUGGAAGUCCCCGAUAUUGCUCCAAUGGACAAGGCCGUGGCCUAA